AUGUCGCUGAGCAACUUCCUCGGCGACCAGUCGCUGGGCUCGUGGGCCGACGAGAUGGAGGACGCGCCCAUGCCCCGAGGCGGCGGCGGCUUUGGCGGCGCCAGCAGCUACGGCGGCGGCGGCGACAGGCCCUCGUACGGCGGCGGCAGCGGCUUUGGCGCCCGCACCGACAGCUUUGCCGAGCGCGGCUUUGCGACCCGCGAGGAGCUGCCCAUGCCCUCCAAGCCCCCGUACACGGCCCAUCUGGGCAACCUCUCGUUCGACGCCACCGAGGGCGACGUCUCGGACUUUUUCGCCGCCUGCGAAGUCACCAACGUGCGCAUUGUCGAGGACAAGCUCGACCGCAAGCCCAAGGGCUUCGGCUACGUCGAGUUUGGCUCCGUCGACGGCCUGAAAAAGGCCCUCGACCUGUCCGGCACCCAGUUCCAGGGCCGCAACAUACGCGUCAGCGUCGCCGAGCCCCCCAAGGACCGCCCCGAGGCCCGCGACAUCUCCGACUGGUCCCGCAAGGGCCCGCUCCCUGACCUGCCCGGCGCCCGCUCUGGCUCUGGACGCGGGUACGGCAGCCGUGGCUUCGACGCCGGCGCCUCGGACGCCGGCAGCGACCGUGGCGGCGAGCGCAGACGGCCCGCCUUUGAGAGCGACGGCAAGCAGCGCGACUUUGGCAACUGGGAGCGCCGGGGCCCGCUCUCGCCCGCGGCCGACGCGCCCAGGGAAGGCGCCAGGCGCUUCGACGGCCCCCGCGAGAGGCAGUCCCCGGCGUGGGGCGAGGGCCGCCCCGAGGGUGAGCGUGCGCCCCGCCGUGAGUUCCAGCCGGCCGAGGGCCGGCCGCAGUUUGAGAGGCAGCCCACUGCCGCAGACCAGGACAGCCAGUGGCGCUCCAAGAUGCGCACCGAUGUCGCCUCCCCCACCGGCACCCCGGACGCCAGCACCCCCUCUUCGCCGGCCCCGCUUGCCAGCCGUCCCAAGCUGAACCUCGCCAAGCGCACAGUCUCGGAGGCGCCGGCUGCCACGCCCUCCAACGCCUCGGACAAGCCGAACCCCUUUGGCGCCGCCCGCCCCAUUGACACAGCCGCCCGCGAGAGGGAGGUCGAGGAGAAGCAGAAGCAGGCUGCGCAGACCAAAAAGGACGCCGACGACAAGGCCCGCGAGGAGAAGAAGGCCAAGGACGUUGCCGCCAAGGAGUCUGCCUCCAAGGCCGACGAGGCCAAGGGUGAUGACGUCCCCCAGGCUGUCGAGAACCCCGAGGCCGAGGCCACAGACGAGGGCGCCAACGGCGACGUGGUCGACGACAAGGCCGUCAAGCCCGAGGAGCCCGUUGUAGCUCCCAAGGACGGAGGAUCCUGGAGGCGCAAGUCCAGCACGUCCCCUGCCGCCGCUGCUGCCCCCGCCGCCGCGGCUGCCCCUGCUGCCGCGGCUGCCCCCGCUGACACAACCGAGACCAUGGAAGACGACGGCUGGAGCACCGUCACCAAGGCCCCCAAGAGCACUCGCAACAACCGUCGCGGCGGUGCUCCUGCCCGUGCCAUUGCCUCGUAA